GCGGGCGAACGCCCCAUGGCGGCACGCGGGGCGUGGCGGCGGGCCGUUAACGGCCGCGGGGCCCGGGCUGGGGCCGUUAACGGCCGCGGGGGAGGGCGCGCUCCUGGGGCGGGGCGCGUGCCUGCGCGGCAGCGAGGCUCAUGGGGGGAGAGCCACGUCAGGCGCCGUGCAGCGGUCAGCGGCGCGGGGAGGGGGGGCCUGGCACCGGCACCGGCGGCGGCGGGAGGAUCCCGCUCGGCGGAGCCAAACCCGCCCCUGGGCGUCUCCAAGCCUGCACCUUACUGGGAAGGAACAGCAGUCAUAAGUGGAGAAUUUAAAGAGCUGAAAUUAACAGAUUAUGAAGGAAAAUACCUUAUCUUCUUUUUCUAUCCUCUUGACUUUACGUUUGUAUGUCCAACUGAGAUAAUCGCCUUCAGUGACAGAAUUGAAGAAUUCAGAGCAAUAAAUACCGAAGUAGUAGCAUGUUCAGUGGACUCAAAGUUCACUCACUUAGCAUGGAUCAAUACUCCUCGAAAACAAGGAGGACUUGGACCAAUGAAGAUUCCACUUCUUUCAGAUUUGACACACCAAAUUUCAAAGGACUAUGGCGUAUAUCUGGAAGAUCAAGGGCAUACGCUUAGAGGCCUUUUCAUUAUUGACAAUAAGAGAAUCCUUCGACAGAUCACAAUGAACGACCUUCCUGUUGGGAGAUCAGUGGAUGAAACGCUUCGUUUAGUACAAGCAUUUCAAUACACAGACAAACAUGGAGAAGUUUGCCCUGCUGGUUGGAAACCUGGCAGUGAAACAAUCAAACCAGAGGAAGCCAUGAGAGUGUGGUGGCCAAGGGAAGAACUAUAAUUCCUGAUCCCGCUGGGAAACUGAAGUAUUUUGACAAACUAAACUGAGGCUCACUUCUUUUGAAUAACAUAGGUCACAUUCAACUUGAUUUUUGCCAAUAAAAUUUCAUUAAUUUUGUUA